CGGAUGGCAUGUUCGGUGCGGCGAUCCUGCUGACGGCGCUGCUGGCCGCCCAGGCCGACGGCAAGGUGGUGAGGGGCCAUCUCAGCACCAGAGAGCAAUGGGCCUUCCUCACACGGUUCUGUUUCCUCUCUGGAGAGGGGAUGUUCACCUACGAAGUGGAAUACGAAUCGAAAUAUGCCGUGCAGAAGCUGCUACUCUACUAUGAUACAGAAGACCAGUGGCCGGCCGUCUACAAGAGCGGCAAGACUUGUGAGGAGAAGCUGGCGGUGCUGGACGAGCCGAUGCGUCACCAAUUCGUCAACCUGAGCACGCAGUUCAGCACGUUCAGCGGGUGCGAGGCUCGCCGUCGCACGGACCGCGAGCCCACCUACGUCUGCCGCGGCAACCGCACCUUCUUCUCGGCCAGGGAGCGCUGGUGGUUCAUCGCCGUCAGCAACUGCGAGUCGGAAAAGGGCCUUAGCCUGACUUACAACUUUCUUAUGACCAACGGGCCACCUGACAGCCUUUGGACCUACCAGUUCUCGGCCGACGAGAUGCACAUCCUAAGGACAAACAUGUGCAUGCUAGGCAUUCAGACUGCAAUUCUUUUCAUAAGUAUCGUUCUUGCAGCGGAGCUACGCUCCCGUGGUCUCUUCCACACCACCUACAAGUUGUUUAUGGCGGCCGUGCUGCUGCAGACGGCCGGCCUGGUGCUGCUUUUCGCCUCCUACCGCUGCUACGCCAACGACGGCGAGGGCCUGCCGAAGAUCAAGCUGGCAGGCCGGAUCCUGGAGGCUGGCAGUGACUUCACGUUCCUGCUGCUGCUGCUUCUCUGCGCCAAGGGGUACACGAUCACCCGUGGCCGCCUUCGGCAGGCCAGCGCCAUCAAGCUGACCAUCUUCUUAUCCCUCUACGUGGUCUCCUGGGGCAUCCUAUUCGUCUAUGAGCAGCUGUUUUUCGACCCGGGCGAGGUCCUGUACCUGUACGAAUCGCCGGGAGGCUACGGUCUGGUCGUGCUCAAGAUCCUGGGCUGGGCCAUGUUCGUGUACUCUACUUCCUUCACCAUAAAACACUACCCAGAGAAGUGGGGCUUUUUCCUGCCCUUUUCCACCAUGUAUACAGUCUGGUUUCUGUCCGCUCCCAUGGUGAUCGUAUGCGCCAACUACCUGAUCGACAAGUGGGUGCGGGAGAAGGUGGUGAACGGCGUCGAGCAUGGCAUCACCUUCGUCGGGCACAUUUUCUUCCUGAUUUUGACUCGCCCUACCGCAGCCAACAAGAAUUUCCAUUUUCACGUCCUCGGACUGUCCGCAGAUUAG